AUGAAACUUUUAACGCAUAAUAUGUUGACUUCAAAAUGCUUGAAAGGUGUAACUGUUGGAUAUCCUCUAGGAAUUGUUGCAAAGGAUAUUAAAGUGUCAGAGGUAGAUUUUAAUUCAGAAUUUAUUGCAAGGAUAAUUCCAAAACUUGAUUGGGCUACACUUUGGAAAGCUGCAGAAAGUAUAGGACAUGUUGGAGAAUUGCCACAAACUUUGAUUCAAGAUUUUGAAACAAAUGAAGAAUUUUUAAAAAAGGUUCAUCAUGUUUUACUUGAAGUUGAAGUUAUUAAUGGAGAUCUAUUAUGCCCAGAAUCUGGUAGAAAAUUCCCUAUUAAUGAUGGUAUACCAAAUAUGCUCUUAAAUGAGGAUGAAGUUUAA